AUGGCUGCGAGUCUCCGUCACUCUCAGAACCGUAAUCAGCAAGCUGCACAUUCCAGGAGAGAGAGAAAGAGUGUGUAUGUGUGUGUGAAAGAGAGGGUAAAGAUGUCUUGAUGGAUUAUUGGAUGGACCUGGUUAUCCAUUACGCAGAAGGAGUCUAAUUUCGGGGGCAUUAUCAGCAAUGGAUUGGACAAACUGAUGGAAAAACAGACAAUUUCAGCGUGUAAAUAGAGAGGUGAAAAGGGGAAAGAACAUGGACGCUGAAAGUUUUAUUCAACACGUUGAACGAGACGUGGAGGGCACUUCGCUGCCGUUAUCAGUGACCGCCGACUGGUUGGAGGACGGAAACGAGACGACUGGGAAUCAGUUCCAGCAGCCUGACUGGCAGGUGGCUCUGUGGGCUAUAGCGUACUCCCUCAUCAUCCUGGUGUCCAUCACCGGGAAUGUCACAGUCAUCUGGAUUAUUCUCGCUCACAGACGUAUGAGGACUGUGACCAACUACUUCAUCGUCAACCUGUCCUUCUCUGAUGCUUCCAUGGCAACCUUCAACACUCUUUUUAACUUUGUCUACGCGCUUCACAAUGACUGGUACUUUGGCCUGGGCUACUGCCGGUUUCAGAACUUCUUCCCCAUCACUGCCAUGUUUUCAUCAAUAUACUCGAUGGCUGCCAUCGCAGUGGACAGGUACAUGGCAAUCAUCCAUCCUUUGAAGCCCCGCCUCUCCUCCACCUCUACAAAGGUUGUAAUUGCUCUGAUAUGGAUUGUAGCAAUCUUAUUGGCAUUCCCUCAGUGCUAUUACAGCGUGACAAGAUUUUACUACCCCAGAACUGUGUGCAUGGUCGACUGGCCAGACGAUUACGGAGGAACACAUCAACUGAGUUACCAGUUUGCUGUGAUAUUACUGAUCUACUUGCUCCCUCUGCUGGUGAUGCUGGUAACCUACAGCUUAGUUGGCCGAACACUGUGGGGUGGACACAUCCCUGGAGAGGCGUCAGACCAUUACCACAGCCAGAUAACAGCCAAGAGAAAGGUAGUAAAGAUGAUGGUUGUCGUGGUGGUGACCUUUGCUCUGUGUUGGCUGCCCUACCACAUCUACUUCAUACUCGGAUCAUUCAACAGAGACAUUUAUAAGCAACAUUACAUUCAGCAGGUUUAUCUGGCCAUAUUUUGGUUGGCAAUGAGUUCGACCAUGUACAAUCCCAUCAUUUACUGCUGCCUAAACCAAAGGUUUCGUUCUGGUUUCCGUCAUGCCUUUGCUUGGUGUCCCUUCAUUAAAGUGUCCGAGGAAGACAAGAUGGAACUGCAGCACGUACACACCUUCAGAGUCACCAUGACGCGCAGCCAACGCAAUAGCAGCACAAAUGCGCACACCUCCAUCAAAACCAACAGCACCUUUGAUCCAAACAUGGCUGUCAGUGCUCUGCUCAACACAGAGAGAGAUGCUUGCAUGCAGCUUAAAAAACACACAUCAUCAAAGACAUUCGGCACACACAACACACAUGUGGUGGACAGGCAGGAUGAUACAAGAUCUGCAGCUGCCAAACUCAUGGAGAACACCCACUGACAACAGAAACCAACGAUCAUGUGGAUAUUCCUGAUGGGCAACAGGAUUUUUCUAUGGUGACAUUAGCGCUGAUAAAACAGCAGAUGGAAAUCCUGCCAACAGCCAACAACAGUUGGGCAAACGAUACUGACAUCCAUCCCUGUGGAAAAUCUUGAGGGAAAGGAAUUAAACCCGACUUGGGACCAUUUUUGUUACAGUGGUAAAUAAUUGAAUGUCACUAUCAACUUUUCAUGUUAAUACCAAAGUGAUCAUGUGAGGAUGUAAAAAUAUAGAAAGAGGAAACUGCUGCUAUUGGGAAAGACUGAAGAUAAAUCCAUCCAUCAUUCAUUUCUCCUCCUCCCUCCUCCCUCCAUCUUCUACUUCCCUCAUUCACCAACGCUUUUCCUGCUCCUCUGCUUUAGAGAAAAACUAUGAACUGUGGAUAUUUUGGUGUAAUUGUAAAGUUUUUAUCUGUGGUUACUGAUUUUCAAGAGCAUAGAAUGGAUGAACCGUCCACUGGCAUCAGCACCAAGCCUUAAUAUUGUAGUUUUUGUGUGUUUUCUUCUUUUGACUGCACUGGACUUAUUUCAAAAAUUGCAGUUCUUAAAGGGAUACUUUCUAUUUUCAUUUCUGUUUGUCACUAAUCAUAAUGCACAGAUACGUUGUUCAGCCAGAGAGCCUGAUGUGUGAGAGACUCAGUAGUUUAAAGUUAGCUGUUGAUAGUUCUUUGUCAAUGCUGAAAUAACUUUAACUAGACAUACAGCUCAAGCAUUUCCUGCAUGAUAAUUUGUCAGAAUAGUAAAAUUCCAACUUGCAUAUUCCACAUCAAAAUUAAAAGACACGGAAUUAACUAUUUAAACUGCAAAAUAGGAUGUGAAACACUAAUGACCGUGUAACUUCAUGCAGACAAGCAGGACCAAGCAUUUUCAAAAACAAAUUUUCAAAACACAAGAUAGAAAAAUCAGUUUCAGUACCAGGGAAGGACCCUCCUCCUGUUUCUUUCAUAAAUGCAACAUUAGCAUUGACACUAUGCUAUUAUUAGACACUAUACAAGGGAAAUCCACCUUGAAUUUACCUUAUUUCAACAGGAUUUACGGGAUGAUCCUCAUUUUUAAUCAUUUGGUUAGCAUGUAUCUGUCGCUGUAUAGUACUAUUCCUUUCAGAGUGCGUUCAUACAGUAUGUUGCUCAUAUAUUGUGAUUUCACUGGUUCAUACAACUAAUAUUUUCUUAUGGUCAGUGUACAGUAGAGUCAAGAUUAAAAAGUGCUGCUAUUUAGAAGAAUCUGAUGUGAAAUGUAAUCUAUUGCGUUUAUUAAUGUAAAAUAUGCUGAUGACGUGGAUGUGUAAUGCACACGUACAGUCGGGUCAUGAUGUUGUAAAUAAUAACUGUCAGCGUUAACAAUUCAGUCAAUGGCUGAAAACCUUCUGAUUCCUUGAAACAACUUUUAAAAUACACACAGUGACAUUGUGAAACAUCUGCAUUUGUUGUC